CGUCAAGAUCAUACGAAUUUAGUAAUCGAGAAUAACUUCGAUUACAACGAUUAAAGCACAGAAAAAAUUGUGUACUAUUCGAAAAAAGGUCUUUAAAAUGUUAUCCACCUUAGUUAAGGAACACCAAGCCAAACAAACUGCUCGAAAGGAAGCGCAGGAGCAGAAAAGAAGAGAAGCUGUUGCUGCGGCAACCAAUUUGACAGAGGCUUUAGUUGACCACUUAAACGUAGGUGUUGCUCAAGCAUAUCUAAAUCAGAAGCGUUUGGAUGCUGAAGCAAAGCAGCUUCACCACAGUGCCACUAAUUUUGCUAAACAAACACAACAGUGGGUGAGCCUAGUAGAGAGCUUUAGUAGUGCUCUAAAGGAAAUAGGAGAUGCAGAAAAUUGGGCAAGAAGCAUUGAAACUGACAUGAGAACCAUUACAAGUGCUUUGGAAUAUACAUAUAAAGUCUCCCAGGAGUCCUCGUAGAAGACGGAAGUAUUCCACUACAUUCAAAAUUGUAAAUAAUUUGUCUAUGUGUAAUAGUUUGUGUCAUUACAUAUUACAUGUAUACUAAUAAAAACUGCAUUGUAAAUAUGA